AUGAAUUCAAUUUUGGCCCUGAGAGUGGCUGAUGAAGAAAUUUCUGAUCCGAAGAAGCUGAAAAAAUUUGCCUUUGAGUAUUUUAAGGAGAACUACAGCUCUAAAAAUACGCUGGAGGUAGAGGACAUUAAUCUCAAUUUCAUGACAUUAUCAGAGGAGCAGAAAAAUGGACUUGAGGUACGGUUUUCAGAACAUGAAGUUAGGGAAGCAGUGUUUCACUCAGACAGCUCCAAAGCCCCGGGUCCAGAUGGCUUCACGAUGAGUUUCUUUAAAAAAUUCUGGCCUGUUUUGAAGGAUCAUUUAAUGAAGUUUGUGGAUGACUUUCACAGAGGAAUGAGUUGGGAGCAUGGGGUCAACCAUGCUUUCAUUACUUUGAUUCCUAAAAAACUCAACCCUGAAGUUAUUGAAGAUUAUAGACCAAUUAGUCUUGUUGGAAGUUUGUACAAAAUUAUCUCUAGAAUCUUAUCGAGGAGAUUGGUUUCUGUUAUUAAAGUUUUGAUCAGCCCAUUACAAUUCGCCUUUAUUCCGAGUAGGCAUCUCAUUGAUUGCGCUUUUAUGGCAAAUGAAUCUAUAGAUUACUGGAGGAAGAAAGGUAGGAAAGGAGUUGUUUUUAAAGUAGAUUUUCGCAGAGCCUUUGACUCAGUGGAAUGGCCAAUUAUUUUGAGGUUAUUGAAGAUAAUGGGUUUUGGAGACAAAUGGAUUUCUUGGAUGGAUUAUUGUAUUUCUUCUGCUUCAAUUUCAGUCCUAAUUAAUGGUUCCCCUAUUCAAGAAUUUCAGAUGGGCAAAGGGCUGAGACAAGGUUGUAGUCUAUCUCCUCUUCUGUUUAAUAUUGUUGGUGAGCUAUUGAACUUAAUGUUGAGUAAGGCUGCUACCCUUGGUCUUUUUGAAGGAUUCAAUAUUGGUAUUGAAGAGAAUCUUUUUAAGUUGACUCAUCUGCAGUUUGCAGACGACCUAAUCUUAUUUUGCAGAGAUUCUUCAACUCAAAUUCUGAAUUUAAAGAGAGUAUUGAGGGUAUUCAGUUUAAUUUCAGGGCUUCAUCUUAAUCUAUCCAAGAGUAAAUUGUUUGGUGUUAAUGUGGCAGAAAACAAACUAAAAGAUUUAGCACUGGAAGCAGGUUGUGGAGUGGGAUCUUUUCCUAUGACUUAUCUAGGUCUUCAGAUAGGAACAAAGAAAAAUUCAGAGUUAUUGUGGGAACCAGUUUUACAUAAAGUUUUCACCAGAUUAGCAGGGUGGAAAGCUGCUUCUUUAUCGUUGGCUGGAAGAUUGGUGUUGAUAAAAUCGGUAUUGUCCUCCUUACCUAUUUUUUACCUCUCCAUUUUCAAAAUUCCGUUUAAGGUCAAUCAGAAAAUUAACUCAGUAUUGGCAAGAUUUCUUUGGGGUGAAGAAUCUGACAAGAAGAGGGUUCAUUGGGUUCAUUGGAGUAUAGUUUGUCAACCAUUGGAAGAAGGAGGCUUAGGAGUAUUGGACUUAAGUAUGAUUAAUAGAGUUUUGCUAGGGAAAUGGGUUUGGAAGUAUGCAAAUGACAAAGAUUCUCAAUGGAAAAAACUGAUUUGUUGUAUUCAUAAUGUCAGUAUGGACUCUCUGUCUAUAGGCAAGGUUGUUUCUCUUCAAGAUUCAUGGGUGUGGAGAGGAAUUCGGAGUAACUAUGAGAAAAAGGACGAGAUUGGGGAUUGUUUGAGAUCCAAUUCGAAGAUCCAAAUGGGGAAUGGUAGGUCAAUUGAUUUUUGGAAUGAUAUUUGGGUUAAUGGAUCUACUCUUAAGAUUCAAUUUCCUAGAAUCUAUGCUCUGUCGACUAACAAAAGGGGAAAAUUGGUUGAAUUUGGUGGAUUUGUAGUUAAUGGUUGGGUUUGGAACAUUCAGCUAAGGAGAAACCUUUGUGACUGGGAAUUGGAUCAGUGGCUUUCCUUAAUGCUUUUGAUUGACAACAUAACACCGAAUGAAUCAGUGGAUGAUUUUCUGGGGUGGUCGGGGAAAGGGGAUGGUUUGUUCUCGGUAAAAUCCUGUAGAAUGACUAUCUCAAGCAGAACUGGAGGUCAUUUUCAAUGGAAGAAAUGGGUGUGGUCCGGAUUAUCUCCUCCUCGAGUGGAAACAUUUCUAUGGCAGUUUACUCAUCAGAAAUUGGCGGUAAGAGUGGAAUUGAAGAAAAGAGAGGUCAAUCUAGAAGAUGUUUUAUGCCCUUUUUGCAUCAAAUAUGAGGAAUCAAUUCGUCAUCUGUUUUUUUCAUGCUCGAUUGCAGAGGAGUUGUGGUAUAGAUUUUUAAGGUUUUGGGACAUCUCUUCGGUCAUGCCCGAAGAUCCUCCUUCCUUUCUUUGCUCUUGGUCUUAUCUAAGGGAGUGUUCUAAUAUUUGGAAGUUCAUUCCAGGUGUUGUUCUAUGGUCUAUUUGGAAAGCUAGGAAUGCAGUGGUUUUUGAAAACUGGACAUUAGAUAAUUUAUCCCUAUUCUUCAUUUCCAGGUUUAGGUUGGCUAAAUGGUUUUUAGCGAAAUUUCCUCGUGCUAAUAUUCAAGUUGACCUACUAGUAGGGGAUCCAUCGCUUGCAGACAAUUUGCCUAUAAAAUCCUACAAUAAGGAGAAGGUUCUUAACUGGUCUCCGCCUCCUCCGAAUUUCUUUAAAUUCAAUGUUGAUGGUGCGGUAAGAGGUGAUGGGCUGCAGGGAGGUAUUGGAGGAGUCUUGAAAGAUUCGGAUUGUUCUACUUUAUAUACCUUUUCUUUUGCGGUUGGACCUGGUCCUCCUAUGUUAGCUGAACUAAAAGCUAUUAAACAAGGGAUUGAUCUAUUCAUUUCUUCCGAAUGGGCUCUGAAGGGAAGACUAAUCCUUGAGACAGAUUGUAAAACAGCAGUUGACUGGAUUUUGAUGCCAUUUUCUGCCCCUACUUUUUUCAAUACUUUAGUUGGGGAAAUUGAGGCCUUAGUUUCUGCUAGGGGUAUUAUUGUUAGAUGGAUUCCUAGGACACGCAAUUGGGAGGCUGAUAAGCUAGCUAAAGAGGGUAGAGCAUUGUGCGAGAUUCUGAUAAGGUUCUAUAUAUACAAUGCAGUUGAUUAUUAUCAUUAUUAUUUCUAUAUAUUGGACACUGCACUUACUGACAAGGAUUCUCUUAAGCGAAAAGCCAGUGAUGCUGACACAGUCAUAAGCAUCCACAAAUCAUUGGAGAAAUUAUUGUCCUUGAUUCCUUCUCUUUUAUCAAAUGAGGAUGUCCAAAUCACUGAGGUUGGCUGGGGAGAAGAAUUUGAUGUCCCUAUACUUCAAAAUUGCGGGUAUUGA